UGAGGGCGGGCGGUGGGGCCGUUGCCGCAGUGACAGUGCUGGGGGAGUCCGAAGAUGGCGGCGUCGCGUCGCUCUCAGCAUCAUCACCACCAUCAUCAACAACAGCUCCAGCCCGCCCCAGGGGCUUCGGCGCCGCCGCCGCCACCUCCCCCACCACUCAGCCCCGGCCUGGCCCCGGGGACCACCCCAGCCUCCCCUACGGUGGGUGGCCUGGCCCCCUUCGCCUCCCCGCGGCACGGCCUAGCGCUGCCGGAGGGGGAUGGCAGUCGGGAUCCGCCCGACAGGCCCCGAUCCCCGGACCCGGUUGACAGUACCAGCUGUUGCAGUACCACGAGCACAAUCUGUACCGUCGCCGCCGCUCCCGUGGUCCCGGCUGUUCCUGCCUCAUCUGCCGUCGGGGUCGCUCCCAGCCCAGCCGGCGGUGGCAGUAACAAUUCACCGUCGUCCUCUUCUUCCCCGACUUCUUCCUCAUCUUCCUCUCCAUCCUCCCCCGGAUCGAGCUUGGCGGAGAGCCCCGAGGCGGCCGGAGUUAGCACCACAGCAACAUUGGGACCUGGGGCAGCAGGACCUGGGCCAGGGGUCCCAGCAGUGAGCGGGGCCCUCCGGGAACUGUUGGAGGCCUGUCGCAAUGGGGACGUGUCCCGGGUAAAGAGGCUGGUGGACGCGGCAAACGUGAAUGCUAAGGACAUGGCCGGCCGGAAGUCUUCUCCCCUGCACUUCGCUGCAGGUUUUGGAAGGAAGGAUGUGGUAGAACACUUACUGCAGAUGGGUGCUAAUGUCCAUGCUCGUGAUGACGGCGGUCUCAUCCCGCUUCAUAAUGCCUGUUCUUUUGGCCAUGCUGAGGUUGUGAGUCUGUUACUGUGCCAAGGAGCUGAUCCAAAUGCCAGGGAUAACUGGAACUAUACCCCUCUGCAUGAAGCUGCUAUUAAAGGAAAGAUCGAUGUAUGUAUUGUGCUGCUGCAGCACGGAGCUGAUCCAAACAUUCGGAACACUGAUGGGAAAUCAGCCCUGGACCUGGCAGAUCCUUCAGCAAAAGCUGUCCUUACAGGUGAAUACAAGAAAGACGAACUCCUAGAAGCUGCUAGGAGUGGUAAUGAAGAAAAACUAAUGGCUUUACUGACUCCUCUAAAUGUGAAUUGCCAUGCAAGUGAUGGGCGAAAGUCAACUCCUUUACAUCUAGCAGCGGGCUACAACCGAGUUCGGAUCGUUCAGCUUCUUCUCCAGCAUGGUGCUGACGUGCAUGCAAAAGACAAAGGUGGACUUGUUCCUCUUCAUAAUGCAUGUUCAUAUGGACAUUACGAAGUCACAGAACUGCUACUAAAGCAUGGAGCUUGUGUUAAUGCUAUGGAUCUCUGGCAGUUUACCCCACUCCAUGAGGCUGCUUCCAAGAAUCGUGUAGAGGUCUGCUCUUUGUUACUUAGUCAUGGUGCCGAUCCCACUUUAGUCAACUGCCAUGGCAAAAGUGCCGUGGAUAUGGCUCCAACUCCUGAGCUCCGGGAAAGAUUGACUUAUGAAUUUAAAGGCCAUUCUUUACUACAAGCAGCCAGAGAAGCAGACCUAGCGAAAGUUAAAAAAACACUUGCUUUGGAAAUCAUUAAUUUCAAACAACCACAGUCUCAUGAAACUGCACUGCACUGUGCUGUGGCCUCCCUGCAUCCCAAACGCAAACAAGUGACAGAAUUGUUACUUAGAAAAGGAGCAAAUGUUAAUGAAAAAAAUAAAGAUUUCAUGACGCCCCUGCACGUUGCAGCAGAAAGGGCCCACAAUGAUGUCAUGGAAGUUCUACAUAAACAUGGAGCAAAGAUGAAUGCACUGGACACCCUUGGUCAGACUGCUUUGCAUAGAGCUGCCCUUGCCGGUCACCUGCAGACCUGCCGCCUGCUACUGAGUUACGGCUCUGAUCCCUCCAUCAUCUCUUUACAAGGCUUUACAGCAGCACAGAUGGGGAACGAAGCAGUGCAGCAGAUUCUGAGUGAAAGUACACCUAUACGCACUUCUGAUGUUGACUAUCGGCUCUUAGAAGCAUCUAAAGCCGGAGACUUGGAAACUGUGAAGCAACUUUGCAGCCCUCAGAAUGUGAACUGCAGAGAUUUAGAGGGCCGGCAUUCCACACCCCUACACUUUGCGGCAGGCUAUAACCGUGUGUCUGUCGUGGAGUACCUCCUACACCAUGGUGCCGAUGUCCAUGCCAAAGACAAAGGUGGCCUGGUGCCUCUUCAUAAUGCUUGUUCAUAUGGACACUAUGAAGUAGCUGAGCUCUUGGUAAGGCAUGGGGCUUCUGUCAAUGUGGCAGACUUAUGGAAAUUUACCCCUCUACAUGAAGCAGCAGCUAAAGGAAAAUAUGAAAUCUGCAAGCUCCUUUUAAAACAUGGAGCAGAUCCGACUAAAAAGAACAGAGAUGGAAAUACACCUUUAGAUUUGGUAAAAGAAGGAGACACAGAUAUUCAGGACUUACUGAGAGGAGAUGCUGCUUUGUUGGAUGCUGCCAAGAAGGGCUGCCUGGCAAGAGUGCAGAAGCUCUGUACCCCAGAGAAUAUCAACUGCCGAGACACCCAAGGCAGAAACUCAACCCCUCUGCACUUGGCAGCAGGCUACAAUAACCUGGAAGUAGCUGAAUAUCUUCUAGAGCACGGAGCAGAUGUUAAUGCCCAAGACAAAGGUGGUUUAAUUCCUCUUCACAAUGCAGCAUCCUAUGGGCAUGUGGACAUCGCAGCGUUACUGAUAAAAUACAACACAUGUGUAAAUGCAACAGACAAGUGGGCAUUUACUCCUCUUCACGAAGCAGCCCAAAAAGGCAGGACACAGCUUUGUGCCCUACUCCUGGCACAUGGUGCAGAUCCAACUAUGAAGAACCAAGAAGGCCAGACACCUUUAGAUCUGGCAACGGCUGACGAUAUCAGAGCUUUGCUGAUAGACGCCAUGCCCCCAGAGGCCUUGCCUACCUGUUUUAAACCUCAGGCUACUGUAGUGAGUGCCUCUCUGAUCUCACCAGCGUCCACCCCCUCCUGCCUGUCUGCUGCUAGCAGCAUAGACAACCUCACCGGCCCCUUAGCAGAACUGGCAGUAGGAGGAGCGUCUAACGCUGGGGAUGGCGCAGCGGGCGCAGAAAGGAAGGAAGGAGAAGUUGCUGGUCUUGACAUGAAUAUUAGCCAGUUCCUGAAAAGCCUUGGUCUUGAACACCUUCGGGACAUCUUUGAAACAGAACAGAUUACACUAGAUGUGUUGGCUGAUAUGGGUCAUGAAGAGUUGAAAGAAAUAGGCAUCAAUGCAUACGGACACCGCCAUAAAUUAAUCAAGGGAGUAGAAAGACUCUUAGGUGGACAACAAGGCACCAAUCCUUAUUUGACUUUUCACUGUGUUAAUCAGGGAACUAUUUUGCUGGAUCUUGCUCCAGAAGAUAAAGAAUAUCAGUCAGUAGAAGAAGAGAUGCAAAGUACAAUUCGCGAACACAGAGAUGGUGGUAAUGCUGGUGGCAUCUUCAACAGAUACAAUGUCAUUCGAAUUCAAAAAGUUGUCAACAAGAAGUUGAGAGAACGAUUCUGUCACAGACAGAAGGAAGUGUCUGAGGAGAAUCACAACCACCAUAACGAGCGCAUGUUAUUUCACGGUUCUCCUUUCAUUAAUGCCAUUAUUCAUAAAGGGUUUGAUGAGCGACAUGCAUAUAUAGGAGGAAUGUUUGGUGCCGGGAUUUAUUUUGCUGAAAACUCUUCUAAAAGCAACCAGUACGUUUACGGAAUUGGGGGAGGAACAGGCUGCCCCGCGCACAAAGACCGGUCGUGUUACAUAUGUCACAGACAAAUGCUUUUCUGUAGAGUGACCCUUGGCAAGUCCUUUCUGCAAUUCAGCACCAUGAAAAUGGCUCACGCCCCACCAGGCCAUCACUCCGUCAUUGGAAGGCCGAGUGUGAAUGGGCUGGCCUAUGCUGAAUAUGUCAUCUACAGAGGAGAGCAGGCAUACCCAGAGUAUCUCAUCACCUACCAGAUCAUGAAGCCGGAAGCUCCUUCACAGACCGCGGCAGCCGCAGAGCAGAAGACCUAGUGAAUGCCCACUGGUAAAGGCCAGAUUGGAUUUCAACCUGGGACUGGAUGACAGUGGAUUGUUCUCAACAAAAUCAAUAUUCUAUAAAUCCCUGACAGCCUAGAAAUAAGCUGUUUGUCUUUUAUAAAGCAUUGCGAUAGUGAUGAAUAUAGUAUGAGUAACUGAUACAUACUCAACUGCUACUGUUCCCUUUGAGGAAAUGUUUACAGGGGCGGCCUUUUAACAUAUCUCAGGCUCAUUUUCAUUGUAGUUAUCCAUUGCUAAGACAGGAUUGCUUCAAUCUAGACU